UUUCACAUUUCGUCCCAAGCCGUCGUCAGGUGUUGUCUCUCGAUCAUGUCUUCGAAUAGUUUAAAAUUAUUAUUGUGUACAGUGUUAUGUUUAUUAGUGAGAUCUAACUCACAGACAGUUCAUAAACGAUUUGAAUAUAAAUACUCUUUUAAACCGCCUUACUUAGCUCAAAAAGAUGGUUCGGUGCCGUUCUGGGAAUACGGUGGAAAUGCAAUAGCGUCCGGUGAGAGCGUCCGCCUGGCGCCGUCGCUGCGCAGCCAGAAGGGCGCCAUCUGGACGCGCACGCCCAUCUCCUUCGACUGGUGGGAGGUGGACAUCAUGUUCAAGGUCACCGGCCGCGGACGCAUCGGCGCGGACGGGCUGGCGUUCUGGUACACGAGCGCGCGCGGCGAGUACAACGGGGACGUGUUCGGCUCGUCCGACCGCUGGAACGGGCUCGGCGUCAUCUUCGACUCCUUCGACAACGACAACAAGCACAACAACCCCUACGUCAUGGCCGUGCUCAACGACGGCACCAAGAACUUCGACCACAAGAGCGACGGCGCCACGCAGCUGCUGUCGGGCUGUCUGCGCGACUUCCGAAACAAGCCGUUCCCGACGCGCGCGCGCAUCGAGUAUUACCUCAACACGCUCACCGUGCACUUCCACAACGGUCUGACCAACAACGAGGCGGACUACGAGCUGUGCUUCCGCGCCGAGAACGUGGCUCUGCCGCGCGGCGGAUACUUCGGGCUGUCGGCGGCCACCGGCGGCCUGGCCGACGACCACGACGUCAUCCACCUGCUCACCUCCUCGCUGCACUCCACGCAGCAGACCGGCGGGCAGCAGAUCAGCACCGCUGACCAGCAGAAGCUGUCGCAGGAGUACCAGGAGUACCAGAAGAAACUCGAGCAGCAGAAAGAAGAGUACAGAAAAGAACAUCCUGAUGAAGUGCGAGACAAAGAGGGCGAGUUCGACGACUGGUUCGAAUCGGACGGGCAGAGGGAGCUGCGACAGAUCUUCCAGGGACUCGGCCAGAUACAAGACGUCAUGCGGGACCUGCACAAGAAGGUGGACGAGGUGAUCGGCAAGCAGUCCAACUCGCUGUCGCUGCUGUCGGCCGUGUACAGCCAGGCGCAGGGCGUGCAGCCGGCGCAGCCCGGCCAGCCGCCCGUGCAGAUGCCGGCGUUGCCCAUCUCCCGCCAGGACUGGGAUGCGAUGACCACUAACCAGCAGAUCGUCAUCAACACUAUCGCAGAGCUCAAAGGGUUCAUAAUCGAGGUGUCGCGCAAGUCGGACGCGGUGCUGGCGAGCGCGGGCGGCGCGGCGGGCGCCGGGGGGCUCAGCCCGCAGGUGGUGGGCGAGCUGCGGGACGGCAUCAGCCAGCUCAAGCAGAGCGUGGGCGGCGUCAGCCAGAGGCUGUCGGCGCAGGCGCCUGCCGCCGCGCCCGUCUGCCCGUCGGUGUCGUGCGUGUCGGGCACCACGCUGCUGGUGGCGGCGGCGGGGCAGCUGCUGCUCAUGUUCCUGUACUCCGUGUACAAAGAACGAAAGGAAGCGCAAGCGAAGAAGUUCUUCUAAGUGUGUAUGUGUGUGUGAUCAUCUGGCGCUACUUACGGACUUGUUGCGCACAGGCGAGCGGCGGCUGGGACUGUUUUGAUGAACUUUUGUUGUUGACAGUAGGAAAACUUACUUUGAGAUUAAAGUGUACUUGUAUGUGGAAUGUAAAAUGUCAUUUGUGGUAAUAAUAGGCUAGUUGACUUUUUUUUUUUUUUUUUUCUUAAAUAGUUCUACUAGACUGAAUUUUUUUUCUUUAUAUUUUUUUGAGAUGUGAUUACAUGAAAAUUUUAGUAUUUAAAUAUGUAUUUGUCAAUACGAGCCAAAACGCCUGUCGGCCAUGACAGUCUAUAUUUGAACUGUUUCAUGACGUCACCGUAAUAAAUCCCUUACAAACGGAGCGUUUGACAAAAAUAUUAGUUAACAAUUAAUUCGACGUUUAGUACAUCAAGUGUGAUAGUGACGUCACAAAAUGGACGACGGCGUUUUUGACGUUUGAAAAAUUUGCAAAUAUACGUGAUAUAUAAAUUAAGUUUUAUCCUUAACUUUUAUUAAUUGAUAUCGAUAUAUUUUGGACCCUUAUUUCAUGUACUACACGAAAUUAAUAUUUUUUAUAUUAAAUUUGAUAUGAGUCAACUACCCUAUUGAUGUAUAUUUUUGUUAUGUUUAAUUGAUUUUCUUCACUAACAUUAUGUAGUUCAUGUUGUUAUGUUCUACUAUCGUUCUAUUACUAUAUGUUUUGCAUAUUGUAAUGUCAUAUUUAUAUUUUAUGAAAGCUGUCUCGAACAGCGCCAUCUGUUGUUGAUUUGUUUUAUUUUAUUUACUGAAACAACGUUUAAUAUUUGAGUAACUAGUGAAAAUUUAAGAAAUCUAAAACUUCUGGCAUUAAUUAAGAAAAUAAAGGUGCAAUAAAAUCCACCUUAAGUCGGUUCUCUAUAAUAAAUUCAAACAACACACGACAAAUUUUCAAGUAAAAUUCAUCGAUGUCCUAUUAAAAAGUGGAUGCACAAUCAGCGACACAACACUACUUCUUGGCACUCAAUUCAAGUAGUCGCAUUUGCAAAUUCAACCUUAAACUCAAUUCUUAAGGUUGAAUUAGCUCUGAAUUUAGAAUUUUAUUGAAAAUUGGACUAUAUUAAAAGGCCAUUAGGUAUAGAUUUCUUUACCAAUAAUUGUAAAACUGUCAAAGCAAAAUUGGCCAGUUUUUAAGUGAAAUUUUUUACGUGAUUGUGCGUCCUUUUAUUAAAAGAGGUCAACGAGUAAAAUGUUAUAAACUUUAUUUUGCGUCGUGAGUUAAAACCUAUGAUAACUAUUGUUGAGGAAUAACUUGCUCUCAGAUCUAAACAAUAUGUACUAAUUAUAAUUUUAAACUAUUAAUGCUAAUCUAUAUACAUCCAUUCCAAAAUUUUCUGUAGUUAUUUCUCUACUUAAUAUAUUUUAAAUUGUUUUUUAUUGUUUAUUUAAUCUACUUGUAUAGAGUGAGAAUGAGGUGUAAUUUUUUUUAAUAAUAAACGUCUCGACUUUCUGUGUUUAGUAUAGUGCGCGGCAUGUAAGUUGAACUUCGCGUUGCCGCCGUUACAAUCGCGUACGAAAUUUUCAAUUAAUUGAUAUCUUUAAUGUACCGGGCAAUUAUUGAGGAUGUGUCAACACUUGUGAACUGUCAAUUUUGUUCAACCUAAUUGCCGGGGUGUAUACCUUUGUAUCAUUGUAUACUGACAGAGUGUGACGUCACUGCGGCGUGGUCCGGUCAGUAAGCCGGCCCUAAGCUAUUGAUUUUAUAUCUUUUAUAUUUAAAACAAAUAUUAGGUUGUGUUGAAAUUGCAUUUCUCUGUUGAAUUAUAAUGAAAUCUCGUGAAUUCUGUUGGCUACAUUAAUGUAAAGAAUGUCAUGUGAUUGCAGAAUGUUCAAAUAAUUUUCAUUUUAGAAUACUUGCCGAGUUCGAAUGUUGAGUACCUGCGAUAUUGUUAGCGUUGAUAAACAACGUAUCGACAGGUUGUAGUGUAUUCAAUUGAUUGUAUUGUUUUAGUUUGUCAUUUUAACCGUGUUGUUAUUGUUAAGCGCAAGCGAUUAAAUACAAAUUAAUUAUCAUUGAAUUGACCAAUGUUUGACAAACUGGCGAUUUGGUGAAAUUUGAGACACGUGCAAAUUUACAAAAAACCUUUUAACUAAUUGCAAAUGUAGCAAAAAAAUACUCGCGCGAACUUCAUACUGUAAAUUGUGACGUAUUUAUUAAAAAAAAAUCGAAACAGAUGGUCGAUUCUGUUUGCCUAGUGGCAGUUUUCAUACGUAAACCGUAAACGCGAGUUCCUAAGGAAUUGAAACAGCGCCAUCUAGUGGCACUACUAACUGUUUCAGUUCCUUGGAAAUUCGCGUUUACGUUUACGCGAUAGUCACAGUAUGAAAACAUUGAAAUCUCCCACUAGGCACACUGUAACACGAGGCGUGUGAGCGCAACGCACAAAAACAUAUCUUUAUGAGGCUGAAGCCUGAUUUAUAUUUACACUUAUGUGUUGUGAAGUGUCGUGAUGACUUUUGAUGUGCCGCAUUCAAAAUGUAUGAUACCGAUCCUUUUCUGUAGCCAUGUGGCACGUGGAUUCUCUUUCUACAAUCGCUAACGCUUCGAAAAAUAGAAAAAUGUAUGGGAAUGACAUUUGCUAUCGACAGGUCACGUGAUCAAGAUCUGUCAUUCCCAUACAUUUUUCUAGUUUUCGAAGCGUUUGCGAUCGUAGAAAGAGAAUCGACGCGCCACUUUGCUACAGGAACUGCGUCCCGACACGACACGGUAGAAAAAUAUAAAUCCGGCUGUAAACCUGCGCAUUCGGCGUGUUGCUACAUCAGAAACGACUGUUUACACAAAACUAAACAUCAUGUGAUUACUUUAAUAUGUCUUUGUGAACUGAAAAAAUGUUAAAAAUACUUUUAGAAGUCCGUGUCAACUUUCGUGAGGUGACGGUUUUGUUUUAUAAAAUAUUCGUAAGUAGUGUGAGAUGUAUGUUGUGGGUGCAUGUGUGUAUGUUGAUUUGUACAUAAUGAUAAGUAAUUAAUAAUAAAUAUUUAUAUUUUUCUCUUAGUAAAUUUUAUUAUUUGUCACAAA